AUGCCGGAAUCCGAAGUGGCGCCGGCGCCGCCACCACCGUCCAAAAGGUCUCGGCACGUUCAAGAGGCGCGGGCGGCGGUGGUGACGCCGCCGAUUCAACCCAACGAAGUGAUCCUCGAACAGAUUCUGACGCGCGUCCCGGCCGCUGCCACCAUUCGCCUCCGGGCGGUCUGCCGAGAGUGGCGCACCGCGCUCACCUCCGAUCACUUCGUCCGGGCGCACCAAGCCGUCGUCAGAGCCGCUGCCCAGCUGCCGCCGGAGAUCGUUUUCUUCGCGCCCGCCGCCGCAGGCUCAACCACCACGUCCUUCUACUCCUCGAGGCUGCUUACGUUAACCUCACAGCGGAACGGCUCGUCGGCCCGCGAGCUCGUGACCGUGGGCGACAUGCGCGCCGACGAUCUCGUCUUGUCGGGCACCAAGCCCUGCCGCGGGCCCACCCUCCUCUUCCAGCUCAGCGUGUCCGCGUACCACGUCUGCAACCUCUCCACCGGAGAGCACGUCUCCCUGCCCCCCCUGCCCAUGGGCUAG